AUGCAGAUCGACCCGGCCGCCUUGAGUCGGAGUGACUCUGCAUCAAAUAACAAAGGUGCCGCGCCAAACGGUGCAGCCUCAAUCAAGACUUCCCGGGCUUUGAUAUCGGUGCCGCGGCUGGACCUGGAGCAUGCCUACACGGACCUGAAGGCCGCCAUCGGAGACAAGUGGAGCGAGUACAAGGAGUCCACAGCCCUUUUCCUACUAGGACAUUACAAUCAGAACGAAUACACGUCACGAGUCGACUAUUUCCUAUGCGCAGAUCCGAAAAAUGAACAUCUACAUAACAAUUUUGUAUGCGCGCUCAUCGGAAAUCUCACGCGCGACCUCCCCGAUCAUGGCGUCGCAAACUGGGUAUCGGCCAAUGAUAAGCCAUCGGCCAUCUCGAAACCUGUCUCCGGAGAUGCUGCGGAACAAAGGUUGAAGACUGAGGUUAUGCAACUGCCUCCGAGGGAUCGCCGGCGCAUAAAGGCCAUCACCGAGCGCGAUAACUACGAGACAUUGCCCACGGAGCUUGAGGAAUCCCAUUUGGUCAAGCAAAUAAAACUACCCAGUCAGGUACCUGCAAGUGCAGGAGGGCUGAACAAGACCAACUGGGAACUGGAAAUCCGAAAACGAUAUGCUCAACCCCUCGCCGCAGAGACGGGUGAAUUCCCCGACGCCGAAUCCAUCUAUUCACGAAUGGUCCCCAUAUGUUACGAAGAAUCCCUCCCCAGCGGUGCUGGUCUCCCUUGCGCUGAAUUUAUGGCUAUUGCGACGGAAACAUUUGUCAAGGAAGUUUUGUCUGCGGUUUUCUCGCGCACACGUUCGAACGGACCUUCAGGCACAACCAACAACAUGAUGAUGCGCAAAUAUCGACAACAACUUGAGAUCGAAGAACUUGCAUACACACGUGGGGAGAUUGCGAAAGACGCUGCGACAGGCUUGCUCCCCGUUGAAGCACGUGAGGCUAGUGUUCGGAGACCUCUGGGCGUCAGAGACCUGCGGCUCACUCUGGAGCUGGGCGGCGGUGUUCUCGGCCAUAUGCCGCUCAUUGUGGACCAAAUCAUGGGUGGGUACUUUGAAGACGAGCUCGAAACAGAAAAGCAAGAUCGCUUGGAGGACGGAGUUGAACCGCAUGAGGACAUCAAACAACCCGCAGAAGACGAGAUGGACUUGGACGAAGAUGAAUCUCUCCUGGAUUGGGAAGGAGGCGGUGUUGGGGACCGAGAACAGUUGAGCUCAUUGCUUGACGAGUGUCUGUCCAUGGCCGCAUGA